AGACCAGACCUCCUCCACCUCCCGCGUCUCUUCCUCGGUGUCUUCGUAACAUUCUCCCUGGCGCAUUCCAGGGGCAUUUUAUCACCAUGGGCCAAUGGCGGAAUUUCUUUGGCAAUGAGCUGAACGAGUCUCGUCGUCGGUUACAGCUCGAACGCCGGCGGCUGCUGCCCACGUACAAUGCCGAUCAAGUCGUCCAAUCGCUCCCUGCAAAGGAGGUCACCAAGGUUGCGUUGAAGCUCAAGUACCAGGUCGAACAGGUCGUUUCCUGUGAACUGUCCGCGAGUGUGAUCACCGAUCCAAACAGUCGGGUCAUCACGAAACACGUCGUCGAGACGGCGCGGGAAGCCGGUGGCGAGGAGUACCGCGCCUGCGUUCUGUAUUGCUUGCUUGUGUGUCUACGGUGGUUCAAGAUUCAGGCAAUCGCUGAGCUGUGGGAUGCCGAGCUCCAUCAAUGUCGCGCCUUGGCUUGUGAGGUAAUCGCAAAGCGAAUCAUUGAAAGUGAAGAGGAUCAAGAUUUCCUGCUCAAAGAUGCGCUUCUGAAGCGGUAUUCGAUUUUUCGCAACGGGGAAGAAACGGACCCUAUGAACGUCAUUGAACGAGCAGUUGACCUCCAUGCCUUGCGGGUUAUCGGCUCUUCCGGCUACCAGAGAUGCAUCAGGUAUCUGUGGCGCGGUUGGUAUUGCCAGGAAGAAGAGAAUCCGGCCAAUUUUGUCCCGUAUGAGCAUAAGGACAAUGUUCACUACUGGGCUCAUUUCAACCCGGAUCGAAUGCGAACCCCACUGUACCAAAAUGCGUGUCAGAUCAUCUUCUCCUUGAUUUAUCUCGUCCUAUACACUGCGGUCAUCAAUACCGUCAACCCCAGCGGAGAUUUGGAUGCUGUCGAGUGUAUUCUCUACACCAUGACACUUGCCUUCAUUUGCGACGAGGUCAGCAAACUCUGGAAGGUUGGCUGGAACUACCUCCAGUUCUGGAAUGCUUUCAACUGCACUCUCUAUGUGAUUUUGGCCCUUUCGUUUAUCCUCCGUGUCGUCGCACUGGCUCAUUCGCCUCACGCAGACGACCAUAGGAGACGGAUGUUCAACGAGCUAAGUUACAACUUCCUUGCCUUUGCGGGCCCGAUGUUCUGGAUGCGGAUGAUGCUCUACUUGGAUACUUUCCGGUUUUUUGGCGCCAUGUUUGUGGUACUGAGGGUGAUGAUGAAAGAGAGCAUCAUUUUCUUCGCACUCCUCCUUGUGGUCCUGAUCGGGUUUUUCCAGGCAUUCAUUGGGAUGGCUCAGGUCGAUGAUGAUGUGCCGAUCACAAGAAUUAUCGUCCAGGGAAUGGCCAAUUCUGUCAUGCAGAGUCCCGACUUCGACGCAUUUCAAGAUUUUGCGUUUCCAUUUGGCAUUAUCCUCUACUAUCUAUUCAACUUUGUCGUAAUGAUCGUUCUAUUGAAUAUCCUAAUUGCUCUUUACAACAGCGCGUACGAUGAUAUCUCAGGAAACGCAGACGAUGAGUACAUGGCCAUCUUCGCCCAAAAGACGAUGCAGUUUGUCCGGGCCCCUGAUGAGAAUGUUUUCAUUCCACCCUUCAAUCUCUUGGAAAUUGUCUUCCUUAUCGCUCCACUCGAGUGGUGGCUCGCGCCUAAAUACUACGCCAAGAUCAACGAGAUUAUCAUGGGCAUCAUUUAUGCCCCGAUGCUCUGCGUCACUGCAUGGAUCGAAAUGCGUGAGGCACGCCGUAUCCACCGAAACCGCAACCGCGGAGGUGCAGACGAUGACGAACCUCAGGAGUGGGAAAGCAUUGCAGAAGGAAUUGACUUCGACAUCGACGAUCAUUGGAAGGAGACCGUCGAUGAGACCAAACCAAAUAUCCAGAUGGACAACUGUACCCUCGAGGUGUUGUUGUUAAAAGAACGGGUCCACGAAUUGACCAGGUUGGUCAGGACCUUGACUGAGGGAAAAUCCGCCGAGGCUUCCACAACUGCCAAUGGUUCCAACGCAACUGGUACAGAUGCGGCGACUUGAGAAAGGGUUUGAGAAGAGUUGUCCGUCGUCUUAACAGAAUGGAAGCUUGCCGGUGGCGGGUCAUGGAAGCGCAAUGCGGGCGUAUAUUCAAUCUCUUUUCUGGUCUUUCUCCUCUCGGGGUUCCUCGAUGAACAACAACUGUUAAAGCGAAACCUUUCUUGUUUGGAGGUUUCCUCGCUCCAGUGUAUACAUUCCUACCUACGCUUUGGAUAUUGUGAAGGUGGAAAUGCUCUAUUUCCAUGCUCUAAUUUUUUUGUAUCUGUAUAAAUCAAUACUGCGGUGACGGACCAAUUUUUGGAUCUAUUCACAGGUCUCGAUUAUUAUUAAUUGUCCAAUCAUUCUCUAAG